GACUGUGGCGAGGUCUGUGUUUCUCUGAAGGAAAGAAAAAAAAAAAAGCGCAACCGCUGAUCUCUGGUGCCGGAGGAAAGCGCCGCGAAGAAAGCAAGCAACAGGUGUCCUUACAUAAUUUUUGCCUUUUUGUUACUGGGCAGAACCAUUGCAAUGGCAGCUGUGCCUUCUGCUGGGUGCCUUCUGGCCAAGAACCAGUACUACAGAACACGACUAAAUUCUGACUCCAGUGUUUCUUCAAGCAGUUCAUCUUGCUGCUCUGAAUCCACAAACUCCUUGGACCAGGAAAAAACGCAUCAUGGGUUACCUGAAGUGUUUGAAAGAUGCUGGUGGAUAAAAAGCUUUUUCCACUGUGAGCCAAUGCCUCAGAAUGUAGGCAGGAAAACAUUGUCAGCCAGCAGUGCUAACACCUGACUUGGACUCCUACAAUGAUGUUGCACCCACAGACUCACUUCUUGAAAGACUUGAGGUCUUCCAGGUGGCUGCAUUCAGUUGUGUGAAGAAAACAAACUGCUGGAAACUUCCGUUGCAGGAAAAAUGCAGAUUUCCAAGGAUUUAUCCAUAGUUUAUUCUUAAGGCAGCCAUUGAAGUUUCCAUGUCUGUUGCAGAGUUUUUGAUACUGAACAGGUGUUCUACAUUUCGUAAUGACUCUUGCAUAUCAUUGGAAGAAUGCAAAUGCAAAGACUUGUUAGGCUGGAGUGUCUGCUAAUUAUCCAACCUUUCCUUUGCGAAAUUGAAAAGCUCUUGCAGACUGUCUGGGGCAAAAUGAUUCAAGGUUAUUUUGUCUUCAAGCACACUCUGUCUUCUUAGCCUUAAGGGACUUGAUCCAGACAGUUGCAAUUAGUUCCUACCGGCUUCAAUGGGACUUAAGUAGUUAUGACAAAUUUGUCCCUUGGACUUUAUUAGGACCUAAAUUCAGCUAACUGAAUCUCAGUCUGUCCCAAGGUUUAAAUUUAGAUUGUUAGCUCACUUCACAGUUAAAUUAUGUUUAGACUAAAUUUGUUCGAAAAUGCCAAAUGU